AUGUCGGAGAACUCGUCGCUACUCCGCAACACACAAGAAGCCCCCGUGGCCAAUGCGCGACAUUGGUGGUUCAAGUACGCCCUUGCUGGCGGCGCCGUGGUGGUGAUUGGCGGCAUUGUGUGGAUUGCCACCGCCCAGGGCAAGCCAGUGGUUGCGAUCACCCUGCAAGGUCAAGUGACUUCCUUCAAUGUCACGACAACGAGCGCUCCCGUGACUACCGCAACAUCUGCCCCAGAAAAUACAACGGCUGCGACUUCGACCACUACGGCUGCACCAGAGACCACAACCACGGCCGUCCCAGCUACGACUAAUGCAUCCAUUGUCCGCAAUGCCACCAACGCCACUGUUCUCACCUCGAACACCAACAACACGAUUGAGGCCCCGUACCCAGCUCAGUUUGCUACGUUCUUCAAGGAAUUCGAAGCCAACUUGGACCGAUCGGUGGACCCGUGCGAUGACUUUUACCAGUACGCGUGCGGCGGGUGGCUGAAAACCACGACGUUGAAGCCGUCCGACACGACCGUGGACUCUUCUGACUACGUGGUCGCCCAAGACAACGACCGCAUCCUCAAGGACAUCUUGGCCACCAAGCCGACGGUCAUCGAUCCGUUCUACCAGGCGUGUCUGACUGAAGGCGACGUGAACGCGGACGCAAUAGUGGACGUGAGUGUCCGUCUGAACCACAUCGCGAACAUCCAGUCGCUGGACGAGCUACUGGUGCUUGCUGGCAUCCUCAACAUCGAGUCGUCCGUGUCGUCCUUCUUGGACCUGAGUGUGACCACUGACCCAAAGAACGCGACUCUGAACGUCGUGGAAAUCAUCCAAGGUGGGCUCACGCUGCCGUCCAUCGAGUACUAUGCGGCCGACAAGCUGGCUCCGUACGUGACAUCCCUUCAAUCGUAUUUGGCGACGUUGGCUACCGUGGACGCGUUCACCGGUGUGACGGCUAAGGCGGUGUUAAACUUUGAAGCGCAGCUGGCCAAGGUCUCGUUGACCCAGGUCGAGCUUCAGGACCCGUGGGCCACGUACCAUAAGUAUGCCGUCAGCGACGUCACGGCCAAGUACCCGCAGAUCGCGAGCUUCCUCAGCGGCGCGCAGCCAGGCCUGGUCAACCAGACGUAUGUUCCGGUGCUCGUGCCAACUCCCACGUACUUUGACUCGUUGGGAGCGCUGCUGCAAGCAACCGACCUCGGACUGCUCAAGGUGUACCUGAGCUUCCGUUUGAUCCACACUGCCAGCCCGUACCUGGGCGAAACAUUCCGCCAAGCGAAUCACGACUUUAACGGCGUGCUGCAAGGCCAGACGCUGCUGGGGGAAUACUUGGGCAAGUUGUUCAUGGACAAGGUAUUCGACGGGGCUACCAAAGUACAGGCGCAGGACUUGAUCCAUCAGAUCGAAGCCUCUAUGGUGGACCUAUUGAACGACGCGACGUGGUUGGACGGACCCACGCGCCAAGUGGGUCUGGAAAAAGUGGCCCAGAUUCGCAACUUUGUCGGGGGUCCCGACACAAUCACCCCGCUUCCGUUCAACCUCUCGAGCAACUUCUACACGAACGUGCAGUUGUUUGGCGACUGGAAGACGAGCAAGAGCUGGAAGUCGCUCCACAAACCCGUGGACCCCACCGUGUGGGACAUGUUUGCGUUCACGGUGAACGCGGAGUACGACCCCUCAGCCAACAAGAUCGUGUUCCCUGCGGCGAUCCUGCAGCCCCCGUUCUACAACGCGCGGUCGUUCCCCGCUGUGACCAACUACGCGCGUAUCGGGGUGGUCAUGGGGCACGAACUGGUGCAUGGUUUUGAUGACCAAGGGCGCAACUUCGACCCCCACGGCCAGCUCAACGCGUCGUGGUCGGAUGCUGCCUCGGCGACCUUUGACAAAAAAGCUAAGUGUUUGGCCGACCAGUACUCGACCUUCCCCAUCGUGUCAGUAGACGGCCACACCGUGCUUGGUCACUUGAAUGGCCAGCUCACACUGGGCGAAAACAUCGCCGACAACGGCGGCCUCAAGCUGGCCUACCUGGCCUACCAGCGCGUCAAGAAGGCCAACAAGGCGAUCGCAGAAAAUCUCGGCACCAACGACGCCAAGCUCUUCUUUACCGCGUAUGCCCAAGGGUGGUGCCAGAAACGAUCAGACGGACACGCGAUUCUGUACAAGAACAUAGACCCCCAUUCCCCCGGAAAGUGGCGCGUGCACGGCCCCCUAUACAACUCGCAAACGUUCGCGGAUGCGUUCCAGUGUCCCACUGGAUCGCCCAUGAACCCCUUCAAGAAAUGUGUGAUUUGGUAAUCGUAGGUAUAGUUGGUAGUAUUUUACGAAGCAAGCCGCACGCUCUGCCUUACUACUACACC